AUGGUGCCCGCAGACUAUUCUGAAUGGAGAAACCUAUCACUAAAGAAGAAGAAAACAAGAAGAUGUUGUAGUGUGAGAUGUCUGAAAGUUCCAAUGCACAUGUUCACCUUCUUUUACUGGGUAAGAAUUACACGCAUGUACGUAAGCAAACACGACUUUAAUUCACCAUGAUUUGAGCACCAUUCUACGAUAAUUGAUUGGAACCAUCUCAAGAAUGUCGAUAAGAAACUGUCCAUUUUAUUCACAAAAAUGCGAGAGUUAGUUAAGGAUCUCUUGAGUCGUAUUCCAAUUUAAAAAGCUACCCCUGACGUGGGUGAUAUAUAGUAAUUGGUUAUGUUGUAUAUUUUCAUACCUGAUAAUACGGAACAACCAAUUAUUAUGUGACAUGUGAAUCAAUCAAAUGUUCUUCGUCUAAUGAUUUAUAACAAAACAGGACCAGGGUAAUAGGCUCCUGAGAAAAAAAUAUAUAAAAUUUGUUAUUGAUAGUUUUAACCAAUUUUGGAAGACAACUAAUAAUAUUUCGGUUUUUCAUAUUUGUUAAUCAUUGGCACCCAGAGGUUGUAUUUUUCUAUUAUUUUCUGUUGAUUCAUCAAUAAAUCGCUUUUUCAUCAAACGGCCGACGCGUACCUGAUCUCCCUCUAGACAUUUUAAAGGUAUCAACAUAAAAAGAAAAAAAACGAUACUAAGAUGAUGACUCGAAUCAGGAAUAUUCUCCGUAAAUAUUUAAUCAAUGUAAUCGGAUAGAAACACAUCAAAGAUAGCUUAGCUAAUUCCAGUUUGAUCAUCUUAUUUUUCUGUGUGUUCUUGAAAAUCAAAACAUAUGAAAUACAAACUGUGUUAUUUCGCACAGAUGUCAUGCUGUUGCGUGAUCGUAGUAUCGCUCUCACGUGCAACAUGAACAACAACAUGCCGCAACUAGAAACCUGUCACGAUCAAUUGUUGCAAAUGCUAUUUUCGUUCGUUGUCGGUUAUUAAUAAGUGACUCACUUGUUAAUUAAAUCAGGAAAGACGAAACCGGAAAACUUAUAUUGUUUUUCUGUCACUACUGUGAAGUGUUUUCUGUGGCAACAAACUCACCCUGUAGCCGAACAUACAACCGCCUUGAACAGUAAUUUUGGCCUCGGGUAAAAGUGGCAAGCGUAAUACGCGAGUGGUGAAACCACUAGUCAAGAGCCGUGAGAUAGACACCUUUUGCAUGCCACACGCGGUUACGCCGCCAAAAAACUACAGCAUUUGCCUGCAAGUCCCGCCAGCUACGCAGGCUAGCUUGGGAGAGCAACGCAGAGACUAAUAUAAUGAGUGUAAACAAAUAAUCUGUGAGACUAGAGACACUUAAUUCGAUUGAUAAUUAGAUGACCUUCCGUGCCACUUUCCCAACUUACACACUCGUCGAAUUUUGCGAGCACGUUAGAGAAGAGAGCGUGCGAGAACGAGCGAGAAGAGCGAAAAAAAAAAAGAAUAAGAAAACUUUACCCACUUCCCCCUACCGAGCUCCUUGGGCUGGGGUCAGUAAAUUCCCCGCGGUUUUUAUGUUCUUACGCACCCUUGACGAUCUGAUCUAAAGAUGGGAUAAUGAAGUUACUCCGAAAACUUCUAGACACCGAGACGUCCCUGCGAAGUAAUAUAUCAAACAUGAGAUGCAGUGUUUCAUCUGGUGAUGAAACACUGUCUCGAAUGUUUGAUAUUUCUUCUCAAAAAAAAUCAUUUUUGAAGGAGAAAUUAAGGAUGCAAAUACUAAGCAGUGUUUCAUCCGAUUUCCAAACACUCAUUAAACAUUAAUUUCCUUUGUAUUUUCUUAAUGAAUUAUUAAUGAGUUUGAGAAGAGACGAUCACACAAUCAUCCACCAAAACUAUUUGUGGUGUUAGGGACGAAGCUUAAAGGGACUGGUUCACGAUAAUGCGCAUGUGUGAGUUCUGGCAGUAGCUGAUUGUUUUUCAACCAAUCGGAAGCGAGUUAAAUGCACGCAAGUAAAUUUACAAAAUUCAAAUUAAUUGUUCGCGACGCGAGAGUAUUUCCGGGCAUUUGGUUUGAUUUUAUUUAUCCCCAUAAUUCAAGUUUAUUCUUUGCUACUCCUCAGAUAUAUGUUGCAGCCGAUAAGAAUAAAAUUUACAGCCCUGUCCUGCUUUGAAACAAACAUUUACCAACGUGUAUUUUUUACGAGGUCGUAUCCACGCUAACAAAGCGGUCACCGAUCGGCAAACAAAAUUUGUAAACAAACAUCUUAUUACUGUUCUCUCAGUUCGCCUUAUAUAAACCCAGAAAUACCUACAAAUAGCGCUUGACCGGUGACAAAAGCACACAACGUAUGAGUAUAAAGAUUAUCCUUAACUGAGCAUAAAUUUCAAUUGCUUAUCAGCAAAUGAACAAAUUCAUUCGCGUUGCAUCGGGUCAGUGUUCCGCAAAACAAAUGUUAUCGAGUAGCACACAUAAAGAAACUAGAUUAUAAACAGAAUAUUCAGGCAAUAAUUUAUUUUAAAAACAUCAAUUCUUAAACAUAUACGAUGGUAAAGCAAAGAUACAAGGAACAUUUCAAGUGUACCAGUUCGGUGAAGAUCGCGCGGCCUGUUGCGGUAUAACUACAGGUCGGAGUCAAAAAUCAAAUCAAAGUUGAACGAAAUCAUGCCUUUAACCACUUUCCAAGUGUCCUGUAUUCUUUUCGUAAGCCACACACUACUCCUAGAACCAUACCAGAUCGAUAGGCUAAGCUUCUCUAUCUCCAAAGACUCUUGAGAACGUCCUGUUGCCGGACGGCCACGAUGCUCUUUUGAACCUCAUGAUCAAAACAUUAUUUUUUGCGUCUUCUUAAAACGUAACCAGUCAAACGACACAACCACACGUUAAUCACCACUACCGAAGUAUAACUAGACCAGCGAAAGCGACGGAUGUCCGAAUAAAACGAAGGAUUUUCAAAAAUUGUACCGGUAAUGGCGAUUUCGAAUUUAGUGUUGACCCAACAAAGUUAUUCUGAAGAGAAAAACGGCGCGCAUGCGCAUUAUCGUGAACCAGUCCCUUUAAGCUACCAUAUGGUCUCCCACAAUUUACCGCUAUGAAAUCUGGAUGUUUCCCGAGGUCUUGCGUCAACUCAGCGCAGGCGUAAUGAAACCUCCAUUCUUUGUGUUAUUGAACUGUUAGCGGUGUUGCCAAAAAGCGGAUAUUUAAUUAGCUUUUAUCUAGUUGUUGAAUAAUAAGAGUCAUUACACACUUGUACGAAACUUAAACAUAGUGUUUAUCCCUCUUUUCAUCAUAAAUGGACCACCAAUCACGAGCGCAUGAAAUUAAGAGAGUGAUAUAGCAGCAUUGUUCUGUUGCAGUUUCGAACAAUUAUUGAUUGUGAUAGUUCAUUUGCAUGCAAUAGCUUCGCGUUUUGUCGACUUUCAAACGACCAAAACGGUAUUUAUGCGGUAUUACGGGUUUCUGACAUAAUAAAUGUUCCCUUUAAUUUUCAGUUGACUCAAUAACUGGCCCUUAGAUUCUUAGUCGAGAACUAGGGCGAUAUUUUCUCAAUACAAGUUAUGUAUUGAGCGCUUAUGAAUCAGUAUCAUUUUGGAGGGAAAACGCGAUAGCCAUCGUCAUUCUAUUACGGGUUUUAGUGAGAAUGGCGUGUAGUGGCGGAAACAAGUUUAUAAAUGUUAGAAGUUUCAUCAUUUUCCGUUUGGGAGAGGGCUUAAAUUCCUUCAAUAAAAAUAACCUUGCUAACUUUUCCGAUGGAAAAAAUGUUUCCGGAGUGUCCAUUUUUUGAGAACGCGCGAAAAAAAUUAAAAUUAAAUCUCGUCCUUGUUGUCUUCUUCGACGUCCUCGAACUGGCCAAAGGUUCCUAAAGGUACACUUAAAACUUGCAUAGCGUUUUUUAAUUAUCUACAUCUUGCUUUCACUGCAUACUCAGCUGCUAUUGGGAACGAUUCGGAAACAAUUCGAAUUUAUGAGCCUGUCGCAAUGUCGCAACGCAGCGGAACACAGGGCAAGCGCAAAAGAUACCUUUAGUGACCGAGAGCCUGUGGCCAAAUAUGAUUACACCUCAAGUAAUUAAGUCUUAGAGCAAAAGGUCCAUAUUACUUCUUUGAGAAACGGGUCUGCAGUAAAGUAGCAUUUGUCUUUUUCAGCUAAGUGGAAUAGCGCUGGUGAUAAUAGGAACCUGGACGCUACUAUUCGAAAGUGAGUACAAUGUACUUUUGGGAAGUUCUUGGUUCCUUAUUAUCGUUGGACUUAUGAUUGGAACAGGAGGACUUAUCAUAAUUGUCUCAGUCUGUGGUUGCUAUGGAAUCGUCAAAGAGCACAGAUACUUCCUUACCUCAGUAAGUACAGAAAGUUGUUUGCCUCAUAAUCAGUAUAUAUCACGUGACAUUGCUUUGAUCCAUCCCAUCAAUCCUUGCGCGCAUAAAAUGGCCAUACUUCGAAAGUGGUCUACAAUUACAAAUUAUGAUCUAUUUAUCCCUGUAAGCUUUCAUUCGAGCAAAUGAAGCGGCGAUCUGGAACCACCAUGUGCGGCCCCAUCUGAUGAGGGUCAAACAGUGAUAGUUUUCAGUAAUCCUGUCCUUUGGGAUUAAAACGUUUAUAAGCUUCAUUUCCUUUAAUCGUUUUUAAAUUAUGUUGCAGUUUUUGAUCCUGCUAACGCUUAUCUUUUUCAUCGAAUGUGCAGUCGGAAUUGUGGCUUUUUUACACAGAGAUCAGGUAAGGACUGGCUCACACUUGCUCAUGCGCUGUUGUGUUCUGUUUGCUUAAACGACGGUUUCCAGUUUAAAAAUACAAUCAAAACUUCACAUGCGUUGUGAGGUCAUCUUCUUACUGUCUCAUGCAUGCGCGUAACCCAACUUCACGCGAACACCUUACCAGCAACAGCGCGGGGAAUUAAAGAAAAAACGUCUGAGAAGAGGCUGGGAGUGAAAAGAUUUCACUUUAUGUACGUUCCUAAGGAUCUGAAGUGGAAGAUAGGGGGUAGGGGAGAGGAGAUAUUAGUUGGGGGGAGGGAGGAGAGGCUGCACUACUGCUAUCCUGCGAAAACAGCUGUUUCUCCUCGCACCUCACCGCUGGGGACGUUUUGCAUGGAAGAACGUCUGCGACUCAGCGACAGAAAUCCCAUACUGAUGACGUAAAUCAAUGUUUACAUAAUAAAUCCGGUAGUCAUAGGGGUCCAAAUGCAAAUUUGUUCAAUUAAUUUACGUUUCUCCUGGUCCUGAUUUUGGUAAAAAAUUGUGUUCAUCUGUGAACGAGCUCCAGCAAAACUCAAAUGCCUCUUCUACAGAAGAAUAUUUUCCACAAAUAUUGACUUUUUUGUUAUGGAUUCCCCGCGUUUACAUUUGACCUUUGUGGCCUUUUGUCUUUUGUCGGUCAUUCGUAAACAAUAGCUACAACAAUGUAACUACUCCAUCGUCCAAUCAGCGCUUAUGACCGGAUUCCGGACAGAUUUUACGUCAUCAGUAUGGAAUUUCUGUAGCUGGGUCGCAGACUUCCUCCUCGCGAAACGUCCCUAGCGGCGAAGAGCGAGUGGAAACGGCUGUAUUCGCAGGCUAUUAUUACAGAUAUCGUGGUCCAAUUUUAUCCUUGGUUUAAUUUAAUUUUGUUUUGUUUCAAACUCAUUCACACUAUGUCUCUCCGCCCCAGAAGCAGCCUCCCUUUAUUGUCCGCUGUUCUGGUCGCCAGUUUUACCCUGAAAUACGAAGACCGUUUAAUUUGUUUUGUUAAACACCAAAUAGGAACGUUUCCGAUGGAAAACAUAAUAGUGUGGGCAUGGCCAAGGAGGAGGCGUUUUAUAUAUAAGAAUAAUCAAGAGGCUGGAAUUAUCUGGAAGCCGACAGGCCGAAUUACUCGGUUUGCCCAAUAAGUGAACAAAAUGUUAUAUUCUGUUCUCUUCAAUUAUAUUCUUUUUAAAACUAGAUUGAGGAGGAACUGGAUAAAACGGCAUUGACCAGAAUGAAUGAAUACGGUUCAUCAGAUGACGUCACCAAAUCCUUUGACAGUUUACACCAAAAUGUAAGUCCAGAAAAUCAUGACCUGCGAGGUGUUAACUUAGGAUGGAUCGGGUGAGUGACCUGGUGAACGUCUCUCCAUGGUACAAGGCGGGAGGAAGGGGGUUUUCUCUGUGGUUUAAUGUUAUGGCGAGACAAAAUUUCUUGAAGACAUACUGUGUUGAGCUUUACAUGAUGGGAACAAUGGCGUAAUUCGAAAUAGCCACUCAUCUUGCUGCCAGAUAAGACCUCUCUGAUAGCUUGGAACCGAAGCAUUUUUGUGCCUAAAGGGAAGGUCUAAAAUAUGCUAUUAAGAAAAAUUAGUGCUUAAGUGCUGUUUUGCAUACAAAAAAGUGUUUAAAAAAAAACCACAUCUUUUCGAAAGGUGGCUUAAAUUCAUGUUAUCAAGACAGUAUAAAGGGGGCAUCAUUUCCAUGUCCAUAGCAACCGAAGGUCAUCAGAAGAAAGGUUCUGACUCGAAAUCAUUAAAAAAAAAUCAUAAGUAGUUUGAGUAUGAUCGUCCGAGUCGUGAUGAACGUAGUCCUGAAUAGGACUGUUGUUGUUGACAGAGACUGACGUUUCGACAACCUGUGCGGUAGAAAACGUACUCACUGUCAACAACAACAGUCCUAUUCACGACUAUGUUCACUCGGACCAUAAUCAUGAUGACUCCUGGGUUCAAACCUUUCACACAAAAAAAUCAAUUAAAAAAGCAAUCUUGGGUUAUAGCUUCAACCCCACCCCUUAGACGACCAAGGGUUGAGGAAUGUAAAAUACUAGCCUCUCCUUUGUUCACCGUUAAUUUUGGGUUCGCCUGAGGUCCAGUAGUAUUCUGAUACAUGCCUUGUUCACAUGGGAGCAAUUUUCUCUCAUAGCAUGUUGUGUUCUGUUAACGUUCUUCUUGUAGCUGAAAUGCUGCGGUGGUUUUUCAUAUGCAUCUUGGAACACCACUUCGUGGAAACAGAUGCCAGAAAAUGAGAAUUUGUCCGUUCCGAACUCGUGCUGCAAGACAAUAACACCAGCAUGCGGGAGGAGAGAUCACCCAUCCAACAUUUACCGCCAGGUUAGGGUUUGUCGUUACCUUUGAAAUGACAAUGAUAGUGAUAGUGAUGAUGAUGAUGAUCGUCAUCAUCAUCAUCAUCGUCAUCAUCAUCAUCACUGGUGCUUAACUUGUACUAAAUUAAAGAUGUUUUCAGUAAUAAAGUAAACGGUUUUAGCUAUCUUUUUGCAGUCCUUUUCAAGUGAUCUCUUUUAUUUUGUCGUCUAACGUGACCAAGACGUUUUGGAUCAAUUCAGGAGUGCGUUCGAUUGGGAAACCUGGAAUUAGGUUUGAAAAUUCAGAUUUCGGAUUUGCAAUCGAAUGUAAAAAUUGAAACCGGAUUUCAUCGCUGAGAUAUACGCUUUUGGAUUUCCUUUUAACCGUUCGAUUGAGAAAUCCGAAAAAGGAUUUGAAAAACUGCCCUAAAGAAUAGCGGUCUUGCACGCGCACGCAUAAUUAGUAAAAAGAAGACCGCUGUUUACGAGAAUAGUUUUGCAAAUCCUUCUGCGGAUUUCCCAAUCGAACGAUAAAAAAGGAAAUCCAUAAAAUUCGGAUUUGGAUGUCUUGAUUGAAAUCCACCCUGAGGCAUUCGCUUGCAAAAUCCGAAAUGCGGAUUUCCCAAUCGAACGCAACCCCGGUUUCUGAGAAAAUGACCACCUAUCCCUCCCUUAAGUUAAUAUUAAAACUUACUUAACACUUAAAGCAAAUUUUGGCUUGGGGGAGGGGUAGGUGGGCAGUUUCCCAAAAACGUUGUUUCUUUGUCCUAGAUAACAUAUAGUAACGGGCUUUCUUUAUUACCUAAUAAUAGUAACCAGAAGGUCAUCGGUUCGGCUCUGUCGGGAGUUCUCGGAUUUUUCCUCUGAGCCGCCCGUGUCACUGACUGAUUUAACUUCUUUCUCAUUUAUUCACCUAGAUGAAAAUUCGCCAUCACAUUUCUAUCAUAACUUAAUAAUGUAUUCAUAUUUUGUUCUGCAGGGAUGCAUUUCACAGCUAAGCGAGUAUUUCCGCAGAAAUGUGUUUAUUUUGGGAUUGAUAGCAAUACUUCUAAGUGCUUUUCAAGUAAGUAAAAAACUGAAAACUUCAUGGAAAAGCUUUCAGAUCAACGCAUGACAAUAUGGCUGUGGAAAAAUAAUUAUUGCGUCUGAAGGGCGCACCCCUGAUCGCGUUUUUUAUAGAACUGUUUUUUGUUUUCGGCGCGCCACUUUGGCUGUUCCACGCGUUAGAGUGUUUUCUUGACUGGGAACUGACAUCUAAUUUGUGCUUCGCUUUGAAGUUCGCCACGGCACUUCCCUGUAAGGCCAUAGACAGUAGAAAAUCUUUUGAGGGGAUUUGACUUAAAGUUCUUUUUUUCACUUAUUCCACAAAAAUAGACAUCUAGGAAAGCUUCAUAUUUUUUACUUAUAUUUGUUCAUUAAAAAAGUUUACACCGCAAUUUUAUUGAAGGAGGUUAAGCCCUCUCCCGAUCAGAAAAUGAUAACUUCUGGCAUUUUAUAACUUGUUCCGUUACCACGAUAUUUUCGCCAAAACCCGUAGUAGAAUAACGACGGAUAUCACGUUUUCCCGCCAAAAUAAAGCCGGGUUACGUGCGCAUACUAAUAAAUAUUGAGAUAAUAAUCAUCGUUCUCGUAGUCGUUCCCUUCUUAGAAUUCACAAUGUCUCUACGAUCCAAGUAUGGUCGGACGCAAGUAGACUACGAUUUAACCCCCAUUUAUUUUUCUCCCUCAGAGAUAGUAGCUCGAAAUACGAGAGCGCGGGUGAAAAUCGCCAGCCGCAUGGAAAGUGACACGCGCAGGGAAGAGAGAAAUCUCUCCUUCCUCAGCGCCCCGGUUCUCUUUGUGCGUGGUGAUUUUCACGCGCGCUCACACAUUUCGCUCGCUCAACAAUUCCUGGACAAAUUGAGGGCCUAUUUGUUGUCACCAACGGUCAUUUGAGGGGCGUUUCCGUUGCACUCACGUUUUUUUUCUUUCCUCAUAGCUGCUAGGAAUCAUUCUUUCCUCAUUUAUGGUGAAGUUAGUGAAGUACUACUGAGUGCAUCCCAAGCCUCUUUAUAACUCAGUGUUCCUGAUCAUGAACAGCUUUAGAGUUGGCGAACGUUUCCAAGACAGAUACAAUAUCAAGCUACAAUAUGUUUAAUCUUGUACCUAUCUUACGCAUACAGUGUUUGCUUUAAAUUUUGGUAGCUACUAUUGUUUGCGUGUUGCCAAGAGAUACCGUUAAUGGAAAAAGUAAGUCUCGUUUUCUCCGAAAGAGUCAAAAUCCAGAUAUAAUGAUAUCGGGAUUUAUAAACGGAUUCUGCCUUAAAUCUAAUCUCUAGAAUCCUUAUUUGGUAUGUUUUAUUAUAACUUAACCAGGAUGAACUAGCGCAAAGCCCCCCUCCCAAAGAAUUCUUGCUUUUUCUCAAAGCGUCUUCGAGGCAAAGCCUCUUCUCCUUGGUGCCUGUUCAUUAACCCUUUAAACCCUAAGAUCAAAAUUUGAAUUCUUAUUUGCUGCCCCUAUUUAUUUCCUACAGAAGUAGUGGGGAGAAGUUGAGAAAAUAUCAAGCACAUUCAUCUUGUGUGACCAUGUCCGUAAUUCUCAUGACCAGUCUCUUAAAGGGUUUAAGUACCUGCAGUAAGUGCCCAUGGAGGUGUUCGGUUUAUAGAGAGUCAAGGUAACGUGACACUCUUUAAACACCGGUCAUCCCCCCUUAGCCAUAUAUGACCUACAGUCCCUUUACCUUAGUGGCAUUCGGUUGCUAUAGUUACGAGAUAAAACGCUUUAACUUACAAUUUAGUCAAAUCAUUUAGAAGCAAAAAUUCGACUUUUUCCAUUAGGCGAAAACAUGACAGCCAUAUAAAAGAGUAUCCAAUACCAGAACACAAACUACUUACUACACGAUACACUCCCAAGUUCACCAGACUUAUUAUGGUUACUUACUUUUGUGGAAUUUACGUAAGCAAAACUACCGUAUCGCGAAAUUUCAAAAAUUUUUCCGGACACAAGGACGAAAACUAUAAAACCCUCUCUCAAUUUGCCGCCAUUAUCAACACUUUUCUACGGUGGUUUGAUUACAAACAGAAACUGUAAAUAGUAAGAUGACAUUAUACAUAAUAAAUUGUUUAUAUAUCAAAGUAUGGAUGAUGGUUUUCCUUUUAAUACCAGUGGCGGAUUCUGAUCUUUAGUAAGCGAACCCUGUCCCCUCCUUUUUGAGAUAAGAGGGGGACCGGUUUCAAAUCCAUUUUUCUUGGCCCUUUGCGGGUCUCAGUUUGGUCUCAAAAUAAGGUGGGGGCCCUGAGCCCUUGAUCCACCACUGUUUACCACCACCCCCGUCCCCCCGUAAAUGAAUACUUUACGAGUUUCCUGUUCAAUAUGUAGUUAACAUCUUGUGAAUCGCUAAGCCCUGGACAGCAACAAAGAGUAUCUUGGUUAACCAAAUGGAAUUGCUUGCAUUACACAUGUGUUGGUUGCAGCAGACUAUCUGACAAUUCCAGCUUAUAUCUUCGCAUUGUUUUGUAGAGCAACCCUCUGGUGGGGAGCAAUACCUUGCAUAAAAAGGAAGAACACGACCUGUCUUUGUUCCAUUCGUCGUCUCCCACCUGUGCGCUGUUAAUUUAAGGCAGACGUGAUCGUUUAAACAACCUUUUUGCACGCUUGACUUGUCACAGUCAUCCCAAGAAAUUUCCGACUUACAAUGGAAGCAGUACAGCUUUUUUGCACUUUCUGGAAGAUAAAAAUACAUGAAGUGCAUAUUAUUCAGCCAAUUCGUAACGUGUUCUUGCCCCAGUAGUCUGUUAUACAGCCGUUUUCAGUGUCGUCACGCAACGCUCCUUAGUGAAGAGGAGCGUUGCGUGACGACACUAAAAACGGCUGUGUAGCAGACUAUUGCCCCAGGGGUUGGCGGGUGGGUACAUAACUAACUUAUACGCAAGGCAACCACUACGGGUAACAUUACCAAAUGAAACAUACUAUGGACUGUAAGGCAAGUGUAAACAUAUACGAAGGCAUUUUCCUCUCGCAAGUACGUGUGUGUGACUGAGGAGACUUAACUAGUUCCAAGCUUAGCUUGGCCAUAGGCUCGCCGUGAUAAUCUAUUUUGAAAGGUUACCCAAUGGCUGUAUCUCGUUCAAUAUAGGCCCGAUAAACACCAAACUUGAGAAUGUUGCUAAUUUCAAUGUGCUCUUUCUGACUGUUUGGGUCUCGUGUUGUUUAUCCCAUAAUAAACUGACUCAUACCCAGCCCCUCUCGAUUUGAAAAUAAGCAAUGGCGUUACUACCUUCAUUCGUUCAUUCGCGAUCAAAAAAAUACCAGCUUAUUUCGAAAACCCUAAUUUCAAGCAUGGAGCGUUAAAUUCCGGUAAUAAGGUAAGAGAUACAUUGGAAUUUUAAGUUACAAAAUAUUUACAAAUGAUUUACAGUAGCUGUUGUCAGCAAUUUACAUCAUAUGUUUAAGAUUGUAACUCGAAAACGUGGCGUUUCACCAAUUUAGGUGCCAAGCAUUUCCAACAUUAAUACUCUGAUAUCGCUAAAAUUAGCAAAAAGAUUCAACAUAGUGAUACAUAAAAACAUUGCACAAAAUGUACCCUAGAAACAUAGAAGAGAAAUGCAACUAAAGUUGUUGCCUUUUUCAGUUCAAGAGAAAGAGGUCAAUGUCGUUUUCAUCAACUGCUUUGCUUGCUAUUUUAAGCCGUCACGUUUUGUUGAAAUCUAGUGGAGGUUCCUCGACAUCUCCGAGACUCUUCGUCAAUGGAUUUGUGGGCAAAAAUACUUCCAUUAUCAUCGUUGGAAUCACUUUCACAUUCCUCACAUUCAGUCACUGUCUCAAGUUCCAAAGGAAAAAUGAUGAGAGAAUCGGAAUUCUUAAUCUGCCCAGGACAAUUUCCGACGGCUACUUGGUGUGA